UGAUCAACGACUCUACCGACGCCCGUAUCGACUUCGACAACGCCUUCCAACGAGCACUCCAUACUACGCGAUUCCACCGACAGCUUUAAUUUUUUUUUUUUUUUUACCAAACCUUAUCAACCAUCGGGGACUGCGUCGCAGGGAGCCCAGCAAGUCGUCUUUCUGUCCUCAAUCGUCAUCAACAACCAUGGAAACACCGCAACGACCACCCGCUUCCUCCUCCUCCUCCUCCUCCUCCCCCGCCGCUUCCGCCACUUCUACAACCCCCUCCAGCCAACAACAACAACAACAAGAGCAGCAACAGCAACAACAACAACCGACGAACAGCCGACCCCUCCCGCGCUUCCUUGAAAACGACCCCGCCCGGACCGGGUACGACCCCUCCCUCAAGUGGUGGAUCAACUACUUCAAGAUCAUCACGGGCCAGAUCACGCCCGAGGGGAUCGAGCACUACCGGGAGGACCGGUACAAGGCGAACGAGGCGCGCGACUGCGCGCGGUGCGAGGCCGACCGCGACUACCUGUUCAAGUACUCGCCCGUGAUCCGGUUCCUGCGCGAGAAGGUUGCGGCGCUCAACGGGACGCUGGACGAGACCAACGUGCUCUGCCGGCGCUGCCCCGCGCGCGUGGCCGAGGACGGCCGGGUCGUCCGCCAGGGCGGCGGCUUCAGCCCCGACCACGGCAUCCUCAUCUGCGCCAACGAGAUGCGCGACCGCGGCCACCUCGAGGACACGCUGGCGCACGAGAUGGUGCACGCCUGGGACCACCUGCGCUGGAAGGUCGACUGGAGCGGAGGCGGCAAUCUGAGGCAUGCCGCUUGUACCGAGAUCCGAGCGUCGAUGCUGAGCGGGGAGUGUCGGUGGACGAGGGAGGCGCUAACACGGGGCAACUGGACGCUCACACAGCAGUUCCAGAACUGCGUGCGAGCGCGGGCCAUCCAGUCCGUCAUGGCGCGGCCAGCCUGUAGAGACGACGUGCAUGCGACCAAGGUGGUGAAUGAGGUGUGGGACUCAUGUUUCGCAGACAAGAGGCCAUUUGAAGAGAUAUAUCGCUGAGGAGAACUUUCAAGAGGGAAGUUAUCCCCUCUCUCGUAAAUCGUGUAGCAAUAAUGUAAUGUGCCUGUACUAUAUAACCAGCAUCUUGCUCCCCGAGACCAACGUAUGCACAAUCGACCCGUUGCUGACCUUGCGAGGGACGUAAGAAGAAAAUUUGAAACUU